AUGGAGAGAGGUUGUCGACAAAAAUUUGCUCCUGCUAAACUCCAAGAUUACGUGAUCAACACAGUUACUGCUGACUCCGAUGGUGAUUUUACUGAUUCUAGUUGGUAUCUGAUUGAUUCAUAUGUUGAUUGUUCUCAGUUUUUGGAGCAUCAUAGAGCUUUUCUCGCUGCCAUUACCGUUGUUGUUAUUCCAAAAACGUAUACGAAAGCUUUUCUUGAUGAGAAUUGGCGGAACGCGGCUCUAGUGGAGAUUGAUGCUUGGAAGAGAGUGGUUCAUCAAAUGGACGUCCAUAAUUCCUUCUUGCAUGGGGAUUUAGACGAUGAAGUAUACAUUCGGUUCCCUCCGGGUUUCCGUACUGAUGAUAAUAACAAGGAUUACUCUUUGUUUACUUUUGCUGAUACGGACAUCCGUUUACAUGUUCUUGUGUAUGUUGAUGAUCUUAUUUUCACUGGUAGCUCUCGGCAGCUAAUUGAGGAGUUCAAGCAUUAUUUGAGUACAUGUUUUCGGAUGAAGGAUCUUGGUAUUUCUAAGUACUUCUUGGGUAUUGAAGUCGCUCGAAACUCGACGGGGAUGUAUUUGUGCCAACAGAAUUAUGACAUUAAUUCUGAUUCCGGUCUCCUUGGUGCUAAACCUGUUUCUCAUCCUCUUGAACAAGAUCAUCACUUGGCCUCGGCUGGUGGUGCGUGUCUUCUUGAUCCGUUUCGCUACCGUCGGUUGGUUGGACGACUUAUUUAUCUCAGUGUCACUCGCCCAGAUCUUUCUUAUGCUAUUCAUCUACUUUCUCAGUUUAUGCAUGCUCAAAAGGAAGAUCAUUGGGAAGCUGCAUUGCGAGUGGUUCGCUAUCUCAAGAACAAUCCUGGUCAAGGUGUCUUUUUUCGGGCUGGUACUGAUUUGCGUAUUACAGCUUGGUGUGACUCGGAUUAUGCUGGCUAUCCUCUUUCUCGUCGAUCGCUCACGGCUUGGAUCAUUCAGCUUGGUGGUUCCCCUGUUUCUUGGCAAACACGGAAACAAGAUGUUGUCUCUCGCUCAUCGGCUGGCCGAAUAUCGGGCAAUGGCUGA